CAAACGAAUUCACCAACCACCAGUUUCGAGUACAGAGCAUUUUCAGUUUUGAAGAGCUGCAAUGGAGGCGGCGUCAUUUGCUUCUUCUCCACUUUCUUCCUCUUCGAAACUUUCCAAAAACUCUUUUUUAUCGUCAUCUUCUCUCAUUUUCUUCCCCACAAAUAUCUAUAAAAAUGAUUUCCAUAGAUCGAAGUUCAGGCCUCCAAGAAAUCUCUCUGUUCGUGCUUCUUCUACCUCCGAUUCUGUAGUGACUCUGCUUGACUAUGGAGCUGGAAAUGUCCGUAGUGUGAGAAAUGCCAUUCGCUAUCUAGGCUUUGAAAUUAAAGACGUGCAAACUCCAGCAGACAUUCUAAAUGCAAACCGUUUAAUAUUUCCUGGUGUAGGAGCAUUUGCACCCGCCAUGGAUGUCCUUAACAAAACUGGGAUGGGUGAAGCAUUAUGUACCUACAUUGACAAGGAUCGCCCAUUUUUAGGCAUUUGUCUUGGACUUCAACUACUUUUUGAGUAUAGUGAGGAGAAUGGUCCAGUGAAUGGUCUUGGCUUGAUUCCUGGUGCGGUUGCGCGUUUCGACUCAUCAAAUGGUUUCAGAGUUCCCCAUAUUGGCUGGAAUGCUUUGCAAGUUGCAAAAGAUUCUGAAAUUUUGGAUGAUAUUGGAAACCGCCAUGUGUAUUUUGUCCACUCAUACCGUGCCAUGCCAUCACAUGAAAAUGAAGAGUGGAUUUCCUCUACUUGCAACUACGGUGAUAAAUUUAUAGCAUCAAUUAGAAGAGGAAAUGUGCAUGCAGUUCAGUUCCAUCCGGAGAAGAGUGGAGAUGUUGGUCUUUCAGUACUUAGAAGAUUUUUGCUUCCAAAGUCGUCUUUGACAAAGAAGCCCACUGAAGGGAAGGCAUCAAAACUAGCAAAAAGGGUAAUUGCUUGUCUUGAUGUGAGAACAAAUGAUAAAGGUGAUCUUGUUGUAACCAAAGGGGACCAGUAUGAUGUAAGAGAACACACAAAAGAAAACGAGGUUAGAAAUCUUGGCAAGCCAGUCGAGCUUGCUAGACAAUAUUACAAAGAUGGGGCAGAUGAAGUUAGUUUUCUGAAUAUUACUGGUUUCAGGGACUUCCCUUUAGGUGACUUGCCAAUGUUGCAGGUUUUGAGGUACACUUCAGAAAAUGUUUUUGUACCAUUGACUGUUGGUGGUGGAAUUAGGGAUUUUAGAGAUGCAAAUGGCAGGUACUAUUCUAGUUUGGAAGUUGCCUCAGAAUAUUUUAGGUCAGGGGCAGAUAAAAUUUCUAUUGGAAGUGAUGCGGUCUAUGCUGCUGAAGAAUAUUUAAAAACUAAAGUAAAAACUGGAAAGAGCAGCAUAGAACAGAUAUCUAGAGUUUAUGGCAAUCAGGCAGUGGUUGUGAGUAUUGAUCCUCGCAGAGUGUACCUCAAGAAUCCUACUGAUGUGGAAUUCAAGGCUGUGAGGUUAACUAACCCAGGUCCAAAUGGAGAAGAAUAUGCCUGGUAUCAGUGUACGGUUAAUGGUGGACGAGAAGGUCGGCCAAUUGGAGCCCAUGAACUUGCAAAAGCUGUUGAAGAGCUGGGAGCUGGAGAAAUAUUACUGAACUGCAUUGAUUGUGAUGGUCAAGGGAAAGGAUUUGAUAUAGAUUUGAUAAAGUUGAUCUCUGAUGCUGUGAACAUCCCUGUGAUUGCAAGUAGUGGUGCAGGUGCUGUCGAACACUUCUCUGAAGUUUUCACCAAAACAAAUGCAUCUGCUGCUCUUGCUGCUGGCAUUUUCCAUAGAAAGGAGGUGCCCAUUCAGUCUGUAAAAGAGCACUUGUUAAAGGAACAAAUAGAAGUCAGAAUCUAAAUGGACUUCUGCUGCGGAAAUAUUACAUAUGGAUUCUCUAGAGUCAUUACUUAAGCACUGGAAUUAGCAAUCAUCUUUUUGCUAUACAGGAAAAAAUAUAUAUCCCCACAUUUAUUGAUUUGAAUACUUUUGUAGCUGUGUUUCAUUUUGACGUCAUUUUGUAUAAUGUUAUUUUAGAAUUCAAUGUUAUUAUUGAUCAAUUAGAACCAUCUGAAGCUUUCAAGUCAAUGAAUAUCAUCACCUGUGAUGCUUAUGUUA